UUGAUCACGAGUGCCGGACGGCGGACGUCGCACCGAACGCCAAGACAUGCACCUCGAACGAGUCAUUCGAGAGCCCACCGUGCAGCGGUUCACACUUCAAUGCCUGUAGCAAAGGCUGCAUCUCUCAUGAGGAUCGCGUACAUUUGAGAAAGAACUCCGCGAUUUCAACACACCCCAUAUCGGAGACCGCGAAUCGUACUCGAUUGCUACAGGAACAGAAAGACCAUGCCGUGGUGCCACAAUUUUGAUUAUCCGCCACGUCCAUACCUGAUGUACCCGAUCCGUGAUUACGAACCCAUCGGGGUCGAUUGGCGUCAGCCCUGGGGCCACGCUAGCUAUAAUGAUGACGGUUUCCUCGUCAUCGGUACUCAACCAAUGCGGCUCCACUCCCAUCUCUCAGUCGAGCUACACAGCAUUCGAAUCACGAGCGCGCAACGUCCAGAACUCCAAACUCCCAUCGAAGCGACGCAAGUCUGUUUCGACGAGAACCCGGACAGAUUCGUCCUUUCACCAUCCGAUCGGUUACUGUUCCGACAACUUUUCCCAUUGAGAAGAGCACUCUUACCUCCGAAGGCUGAGGGUGACGAUAGACCAACGCUAGUUCUCGACCUCGACGAGACCCUCAUACACACAACAUUCGAAUGUCCACCGGGAGCCCAUGACGUAGAACAACUGUGCGCCAUCAUGCGUCCGAACGUCAGAUCGUUUUUGAGAACGACAUCAAGAUGGUAUGAGAUCGUGGUGUACACCGCGGCGCUCCCGUCGUACGCGGACAGUAUCCUCGAUGGAUUGGAUCCGCAUAGGAAAUAUUUCAGCUAUCGACUCUACCGCGGACAUUGCUCUUUCUAUCAAGGGGUCUACGUGAAAGAUCUCGAGGCUCUCGGGCGACCGAUGAGCAAGGUUGUCUUCGUGGAUAACUUCCCCGGGGCGUACAUGAUGCAACCUUCGAACGCGCUUCCGAUCCGUUCUUUCGUCGGUGACAACAACGACAAAGCGCUCUUAUCUAUUCUGAAAUUGUUGAAGAUUUUGAAAGGCAAAAACGACGUUCGUCCAAUGCUCAGACGAUACCGAAACCAGUGGAAGAGAAUCCAUUUUUGCCCAGAUCAGGACAGAGCCUUGGAAGAAUACGACGAAGAAGUAGAAGACUGAAUUUCGGGAACAGCAGCGUACUCUAAUCACAUUGGGUCGUCUCUCCAGUCUUCUUGCCUCUCCAUUUCGGAUUUGUGUAUGUGCCUCGGAAAACUGAGAGAUGAUUUACAUCCUCGGAGGCGGCCGCACGUUCGGACGAAAUCAUCGAGGUGACCCUAGGCUCGGCUGAAGAUCCUGGGAGGAUCCUUGCGAGCGGUCAUGAUUGAAUUGGGGUAGCGACGAACUUUUGUUCGGAAGGCGCUUUUGUGCAACAAACAUCAUUCAGAGCAACCCUAGCUGAUGCAUCCCGCAACCGACAAGCGCCGUUUAGAAUUACUUUUAAGCUAGACUUUGUGAGUUUUUUGUGAUUACCAAAUGACUUCAGCGGCAGCUCGGAAUGUAUUAGGGAUACGCACUAGGUAGUAGACAGAAAAUUGACCACCAACUUGACCUCCGUACAAAAAAACGGAUGACAGAACCUGACCUUAAAUAAGAAACAGAUGACGAAUAUAGGAACUUGAAAUAAAUGGAGAUAUCUUGAGAGUAAACGAUAUGAAA